AUGAGCGGCACAACCAUUGCACCGUUUAAUAUGUCAGAUAAAUCCAUAAUCUGCUAUACGCCGCUCAUGACAACAACAAAUGGUCUAUGGGAGGGCGAUAACCCUUUAGAUUAUUCCCUUCCUCUCUUUAUCUUGCAACUAACGUUAGUUGUAUUGGCCACACGUUUCUUUGUUUUAAUCCUCAAGCCCCUUCACCAACCGCGCGUGAUUGCUGAAAUUUUGGGUGGAUUGCUUUUGGGUCCAUCAGUGUUGGGUAGAAAUCAGAAAUUUGCCAAUACUGUGUUCCCUCUGAAAAGUGUAAUGGUGGUGGAGACAAUGGCAAACAUGGGUCUGAUAUACUUCGUGUUCCUGGUUGGGUUAGAGAUGGACAUUUCGAUCAUCAAACGCACUGGAAAGAAGACAUUGUCCAUAGCCCUAGCUGGUAUGGUAAUGCCCUUUUUGGUUGGUUUUAGUUUAUUCUCUUUAAUAGCUGACACAGACGCAAGCAUAGAUCCAACCUGCUAUGUCCUCUAUGUUGGUAUUGUUCUAUCAGUCACUGCAUUCCCGGUGCUUGCUCGCAUGCUUGCUGAGCUCAAACUCAUCAACACCGACUUAGGGAAGCUUGCUCUAUCAAUUUCUCUCAUCAAUGAUGUGUGUGCAUGGAUGUUGCUGGCUCUAGCUAUUGCUUUUUCAGAUGAAAAAGCUAGCACUUGGGCCUCUCUGUGGGUUGUGCUAUCAAACCUUGUCUUUAUUUCUUUCUGCUUUGUUAUUGUUAGACCAGCAGUGUCGUGGUUGAUCGAGAGAACCCCAGAGGGAAAACCCUUCAGUGAGUUUCAAUUAUGCAUUGUGCUCACCGGUGUCAUGAUCUCAGCCUUCGUAACAGAUGUCCUUGGAACACAUAGUUAUUUUGGAGCUUUUGUGUAUGGCCUAGCUAUUCCAAAUGGGCCAAUUGGAGCUGCAAUAAUAGAAAAGCUAGAAGACUUUGUUUCAGGCCUUAUGCUUCCUCUCUUUUAUGCCCUUAGUGGGCUUAAGACUGAUAUCAGCUUGAUCAAUGGAGCUACUGCAUGGGGUUUUGUGCUCACUGUGAUUCCUCUCUGUUAUGUUGGCAAGGUUGCUGGGACUGUCCUUGUUUCAAACAUGUUCCAGAUACCAAACCGUGAUGGGGUAGUUCUUGGUUUACUUAUGAACUCUAAAGGCCUUAUUGAACUUAUUGUGCUGAAUGUUGGGAGGGAACAGAAGGUCUUGGGUGAUAAAAUGUUUUCAGUUAUGGUCAUUGUAAUUCUCAUAAUGACAGCACUCAUUUCACCCCUUGUAAGAUUAAUUUAUAAGCCAAGAAAAAUUCUCGUACCUUACAAAAGGAGAACAAUUCAAAAUUCAAGACUUGACGCAGAGUUACGGAUUCUGGUGGGUAUUCACACCCCUAGAAAUGUCCCCACGCUAGUUAAUCUCCUUGAAGCAACUUACCCACACAAAAGGUCUCCCUUGUGCGCUUAUGUGCUCCACUUGGUUGAACUCACUGGUAGAGCUUCUGCCAUGCUCAUUGUCCAUGCUAAUAGACAAUCAGGAGGCCCAGCUCUCAACAAAACACAAGCACAGACUGACCACAUCAUCACAGCAUUUCAGAACUUUGAGGAACAGGUUGGUCAUGCUCAAGUCCAACCCUUAACAACCAUAUCCCCUUACUCCACCAUGCAUGAAGACAUAUGCAAUUUGGCCGAGGAGAAAAGGGUGUCCAUCAUCAUCAUUCCUUUCCAUAAGCAACAAACAGUUGAUGGAGAAAUGCAAGAUACAAUCCCAGCACUCAGAAUGGUGAACCACAAUCUACUACAGAAUUCACCAUGCUCAGUUGGUAUACUUGUGGAUAGAGGCCUUAAUGGAUCCAACCGCUUGAUUGGAAAUCUAGCAACUCAUCAAGUGGCUGUGCUAUAUUUUGGAGGACCAGAUGAUAGAGAGGCAUUAGCUUAUGGAUGGAGAAUGUCAAGACAUCCAAGGGUUCGCCUUACUGUCAUGCAUUUCAUUCCAAGCCAGGAUUCAAGUCCAACACCGGAAACAGAUCACUUAUGGGCAAAGCUUGAUCGAAGUUUCACCACUAUAAAAAAUGGGAGGGAGAACAAACUGGAUGAGGAGUAUAUAAAUGAGUUCAAGAAGAUGAUCAAAUAUGAUGAUUCAGUCGAGUACAUAGACAAGAUUGUAAACAAUGGGGAGGAAACAGUUGCAGCAAUAAGAUCAAUCAACAAUGUGAAUGACUUGUUCAUAGUUGGGAGAGGACAAGGGACAAUGUCACCACUAACAGAUGGCCUAACAGAUUGGAGUGAGUGUCCUGAAUUGGGAGCCAUUGGGGAUUUGUUAGCCUCUUCAGACUUUGAAACAACUGCUUCAGUGUUGGUGAUGCAUCAAUAUGUAGAGCAAGGGCCAGAUGGGGAGGAAAAUUUUGUGGUUGAAAGACCAUGGGAAUCAAGUGAACACUACCAAAGCAUGACACACCAGCAAUACGUGCAGAGAUAUCCAAUGCCAAAGGGAAUGGGACACUCUCUAUUAUAA